AUGGCUGCUGCACGUCCCACUGGUCUCAUCGCCAAGAAGGGCAUCGAGCUCUUAACAUUCGGCACUCCGAAUGGCUAUAAGGCUAGCAUCAUCUUGGAGGAACUGAAAGAGGCUUACGGGCUCCCUUUCGUAGUCCAAAGCAUCAACAUCAUGCAAAACAUCCAGAAGGAGCCAUGGUUCACAUCACUCAACCCCAACGGCCGCAUCCCUGUCAUCGUAGACCAUGACAACGAGCAGCUUGCUGUCUUUGAGGGCAGCGCCAUUCUCAGCUAUCUUACGCGCAAGUACGACACUGAGCACAAGUUCUCAUUCGCCCUCUCGGACAAUGACUACACCCGGGCCGAGUCUUGGAUUGGCUGGCAACACGGUGGACUGGGGCCCAUGCAAGGUCAAGCGAACCACUUUGUCAGGUUUUCCAAGGAGAGAAUCCCCUACCCCACCCAGCGCUACGUCGGUGAGACGGAGAGACUGUUUGGCGUUCUGAACACCCAUCUCGAUAAGCGGGACUUUGCUGUCGGUCCGGAUCGCGGGCGCUACAGCAUCGCUGAUAUCUCAAUGAUUGGGUGGGUGCAAGGCGCUCCCAUGGCAGGCGUGGAUAUCUACCAGUUCCCGAACGUCAAGGCAUGGUUGGACAGAUGCUAUGAGAGACCUGCUGUUCAGCGAGGCAUCCAAAUUCCCAGCUCUCCGUACAUGUCGGUUGCCAGCAUGGAGCAGAGACUGAAGGAGGAAAAGGACCUUGUCGAGAGUGAAGCCGAGGUCAAGAAGCAAGUUGAUGAGGCGAAGAAGGCUUACGGUUACGUCUACUCAUCACCGUAG